AUGGAAACAGAAAAUGAAGAUGAACAAAUUCAAAAACAAUGUGUACAGUUAUUUUCAUCAACUGAUUUUAUUAUGGAACCAAAAGUUUUUGAUACGAUCAAAGAUUAUUUUCGACAUGGUGGUGCGCCCGAUCAAGUUAUUGAACUAUUAUCAGAAAAUUAUAUGGCUAUUGCUCAAACAGCUACAUUAAUGGCUGAUUGGUUGAUAUUAACGGGUGUUGAACCAGUUGAUGUUGUAAACAUGAUUGUACAACAUUUACAAACAUUAAUUGAAAAACAUUUUGAACCAAAAAAAGCUGAUAGUAUUUUUGAAGCAGGAGGAGUACCAUCAUGGUUAACUGAAAUGACUGAACAUAUGAAUUGGCGUUCAAUGAUUUAUAAGUUGGCUGAAGAAUAUCCACAUUGUCUUAUGUUAAAUUUUACAAUAAAACUUUUGGUUGAUUCGGGUCAUGAGGAUGAAAUAACAAGUGUGCCUGUAGCUGCACAACAAGUUGAAGUAUUUACAAAAGUACUUAUGACAACAAUACAACGAACAAUUGAUAGUGAAGCAGAUGAAUGGAAACGAAAUAUUCAAGAACUUGUCCAAUUGGCUUGUCAUAGUGAACAUACAUAUUUAUAUGCACAAAGUGUCCUAUCAUCACUUGCAAAUGAUGCUAAAUCGAUGAUUAUUCGACGAAUUUCUGAAGAAAUUGAAUUACAUGCAAAAGCAAAGGGUCAUAAUGUUACUGAAAUAACUUUAACACUUGAUGGUACAACGGCUUUUCCUAAAGUUUAUCAACCACUUUGUGCUAUGUUAUCAAAAAAAGCUCUAAAUCCAGCUGAUGUAACUACUCUUUAUAAAAUUUAUCAAUCACCUGAUGCGCCACCUGUGGAUCUUAUUCGAAAACCAGCUUUUAUUGAAUUAUUAAUAACACAAUUAUUUGAUCCUGAUUCAACAUUAAAUCCUGAACAUCGACCAAAAUAUAUUGGUCUUCUUGCUUAUGCAUGUAGUGUUGCUGAAACAAAUAAAAAAAGUUCACGAAAAAAUACAGUAAAUAGUAAAGAAGAAUUAUCUCAAACAACUAUAGCACUUGAAAAAGCUCUUGAAAUAUGUCUUAGUUCAAAAUCAACUGUUGAUCUUAUUAGUGAUUUAAAUGAACUCUAUAAAUGUCUUCGUUUUCCAAUAGUAGCUGCAUGUGUUCUUCGUUGGAUUGAAUUUCGUAUAUUUGAUCCAAGUUACUUUAAACUUGAUCAAGGUACAACACCUGUUCAUUUAAUUAUUAUUGAUGAAAUUGUUAGUCUACAUUUUUUAUUACAUCAAAAAGCUUUUGAAUUAUUAGUUCGUUUUUUUGAAGCAACAUUUGCUGAACUUGAUACACUUGUUCAUUUGGAAUUCAAAAAGACAAUUCUUGAUCGUAUGGUACAUAUGCUUAGUUGUUCAUAUGUACAUCCAAUAUUAGAAUAUAUGAAAAAACGUUGGGAACAACAAGAUACAGAUGUAUCAUUAAUUCGUCAUUUUGUUUUUGAAGUUCUUGAAAUGAUUGGUCCUCCUUAUGAACCAUCAUUUGUACAAUUAUUUUUACCUUUACUUCAAAAAGAAGCUAUUGCCGGUACAAUACCAUUUCGUACUGAAGAAGAACGAAAAUGUGUUAAAGAAUUUAUUGAUCAUGCAUCAACAAUUGUUUCAUCGAAUACAUAA